AUGUUUUACCGAGCAGCCGCCGCCCGCUCCCUCUUUCGAGCGAGCCCAUCCGCCGUCAAUGCCUCGAUAACCCGCUCUGUCUUGACGAAUACUGUUUUCAAGUCGCAAUUCACAGUUUCGGCCCGCCAAUCGCCCUUUGCUCGUCCGUCGACUCUGGCCUUGGCUACCCGGAAGCCGGUUACCACCGCUUUGGUUCGAUAUGCUUCAACCUCCGACAAGAAGCUGGGAACCGAGCUUGUUGAGGAUCCAGAUAUUGACAUGAUGGCUGGUGUGAAGAACGACGCCAAAAUCAUCAAAGAGACAUUUAGUUUGAAGGAUGUCCCGAAGGAAGCUCUCUAUCUCGGUUUGGCUGGUGUUAUGCCAUACCUUGCAACCUCCCUCCAGACGGUCUACCUUUCAUGGGAAAUGAACAACGCUUUGACAACCGGCAGCGGCAAGUUCAUUUCGGGCGAAAGCGCUGAGCUGCUCAUGAACGUCAUUGAGCCCCUCCAGAUUGGAUACGGUGCUGUGAUCCUCUCCUUCCUUGGUGCUGUCCACUGGGGUCUGGAAUGGGCCGGAUACGGCGGCAAGGUUGGCUACAAACGCUAUGCAACCGGAGUUAUUGCCCCAGCCGUCGCUUGGCCCACGCUCCUUUUACCUGCAGAAUAUGCGUUGAUCACUCAAUUCUGCGCGUUCACUUUCUUGUACUAUAGCGAUGCCCGCGCGGCCGUCAAGGGAUGGACCCCACCGUGGUACCACAUGUACCGCUUCGUCCUUACUUUUGUUGUGGGUGCCAGUAUUGUUGCCAGUCUUAUCGGACGGGAGCAAUUGGCAUCCCACUACGACUCCAAGCACGGUGUCGCUGAUAAGGUCAAGGCUUUGAGAGCAGUUCAGUGGAAGAACGAGGCCGAGGCCGCUAAAGAGGCCGAAAGCAAGGAACAAUAA